UUCACUCUCUUAUUACAUUAUUGCAGCAGCAGCAGCCACUCUCGUUGUCUCCACUUUCUCUCGCUAAACCCAUCCUCUCUCUCUUUCUCACUUGUCCAUUUUUUGUAUAUUUCGUUCUUCUCACUGGUAGGUGCAUGGAUUUGUGAGUGAAAGAAAAAGAAGCUUUAAAUGGAUUGGAACUUCAAACUCAGGUCAGGUUAUUUCUCCGAAUUCGACCAAGAAUCUGUACCGGAUUUAACCCCAAUCGAUGCAUCGAUCUCGUUUGGUGGGUCACCAAGAUUGCAGCCAAAAGGAGAUUUCUCAUUUGAUCUGAAACUUGGAAGAAACAUCGGACACUCCUCAUCCUCCUCCUCUGCUUUUGGUAAUGCAGAGCAAGUGAUAAGUCUUAGUAAGUUGAAAGAGAGCGCCUCUGAGGCUUCAAGAAACUCUUCUGGUUCGUCCAAGAGGACAAGAGGGAACAACAACCAGAUCCCGAUUUGUCUGGUUGAUGGAUGUGAUUCUGAUUUUAGUAACUGUAGAGAGUAUCACAAAAGACAUAAGGUAUGUGAUGUCCAUUCAAAAACUCCUGUGGUUACAAUCAGUGGCCAUAAACAGAGGUUUUGUCAACAAUGCAGCAGGUUUCAUGCUUUGGAAGAGUUUGAUGAAGGAAAGAGAAGUUGUAGGAAACGUCUUGAUGGACACAAUCGAAGAAGACGGAAGCCUCAGCCCGACCAUAUAGGUCGUCCUGCAACUUUCUUCCAAGGUAGUAAAUUGCUGGAUUUUUCUAGCUCUCCACAUGUGUUUCCAACUACAUCUGUUGGGAGUCCGAGCUGGGGAAACGGUCUUGUAAGCGUAGCCAUGGCCAAUGGUUCAAGUUACGGGCAGAACCAGAGUUAUGCUGGUUCUUGUCCUGCAAAGACAUGCACUAUUUUCCCAACCUCGUCUUCUCCAAACAGCAGAGGGAAACACUUCCCUUUCUUGCAAGAAGAAGACAGCUCGAGAACAGCAUCCUUGUGUGAGAGAAUGACGAGUUGCAUCCAUGACUCUGAUUGUGCUCUCUCUCUUCUGUCAUCAUCUUCCUCUUCAGUCCCUCAUUUGCUUCAGGCACCACUUUCUUUGUCCCAAGAGACGGUAUUUUAUGGGUCCGGAUUGUUUGAGAAUGCGAGUGCAGUCUCUGAUGGGUCCGGUAAUGAGGCUGUGGCUCUUCCACAAACCUUCCCGUUUCACUGGGAGUAGUAGUAGUAGUAGAUAGAUAGAAUCAGAAAGAUGUGUGUAUGCUGUCUCUUUCUCUUUAAUUUUUCAAAGUUCUUUUAUAUUUUUAAAUGUUGAAUUGUGGGAGUACAAUGACAUUCAGUUAUUUAAUGGGUAGUUUGUAUUGAUCCACCAGCGAGUUAAGAGUAGAUAAACUCUUAGUGUAUAUUCUCUCUGCUCUAAACUUUUACUACCUCUGUUUCAAAAUAAUACAUAUUUUAAGCUUUU